UUCUGAAAAAAAAUUGAAUUGACAAAUUGCUAUUUCUUUUUUUUUUCUAUACUUUUUUGACUCGAUUUCCCUACUACCUUUCUAUACAAAUUACCACAAAAUCAUGUCGACAGCUAUCGGAAAUACAGCUCUGGCAUACGCGCGUGUAUGGCACCUGGUAGAUGCUCGCGGGCAAGUUCUCGGUCGCUUGGGCACGCAGAUCGCGCAAACACUGAUGGGCAAGCACAAGCCGAUCUACGAUCCAUCCUCUGACUGCGGCGACUAUGUUGUCCUGAUAAACGCCAAGCACAUUAAUGUGACGGGCCGUAAACGCGAACAGAAGCUGUACAGACACCAUACGGGUUUCCCCGGUGGAUUGAAGGAGAUUACGUUUGAGAGAUUGCAGGAAAAGGACGCGGAGAAGAUUAUUGAAAAGGCUGUUUCGGGUAUGUUGCCUAAGAAUAAGUUGCGCAAGGUUCGUUUGGAGAGGUUCAUGAUUUUCCCUGAGGAGGAGCAUCCUUAUGUUGAGAAUAUCAUUAAGCGGUAUGACACAAAGAUCCCGCUGGUCACUGUGCCCAUCGAGUAAAAAAACAACAGAACAGAACAAAUUUUACAUACACAUAUGCGACUUUUAAAAUAAAGCUUUUAUCGUUAGAUACAGAACUUCAAUUGAGAUUUAACAUCCAUUGUGUAUUGGCAUAU